CCCGCCUGGCCCCGCCGCCCCGCAUUCCUGCGAAGGCAGCCCGGGCGACAAAGGAGCGGCCGGGCCGGCGCGGCGCGCUCGGGCCAAACUUUGCCCAACUUUGCGGGCCGGCGGCGGAGGGGCCGAGGCGCGCUCCCGCCCGCGCCCCCGCGCCUCCCGGGCCCCCGCUGGCCUUAGGCUGGCGCGCGGGGCGGGGGCGCGAUGGGCGCGGGGCGGGCGCGGCUGGGCGCGCUGCUGGCGCUGGGGCUCGGGCUCGGGCUCGGGCUGGGGCUCUGGCCGGGGCCCCUGCGCGGCGCGGCGGCGGCGCUGAACGGCAGCGGGCCGGAGCGGUGCAAGCGCGCCGCGCCCUGCGAAGCGCUGCGCCAGGGCGCCUGCCUGGGCUCGCCGCUGCCCUACGCCGCCACCUCCACGCUGCUGGCCGCCGACUCCCACUCGCAGGCCGAGGCGCACGACAAGCUGCUCCUCUGGUCCGGUUUGCGAAACGCCCCCCGCUGCUGGGACGUGAUCCAGCCCCUGCUCUGCGCUGUUUACAUGCCCAAAUGCGAGGAUGGCAUGGUGGAGCUGCCCAGCCAGACCCUGUGCCAGGCGACCCGGGGACCGUGCACCAUCGUGGAACGGGAACGAGGCUGGCCCGAUUUCCUCAAAUGCACCACAGACCGCUUUCCAGAAGGCUGCCCGAACGAGGUCCAAAACAUCAAGUUCAACAGCUCGGGGCAGUGUGAGGCCCCCUUGGUCCGAACCGACAACCCCAAGAGCUGGUACGAGGACGUCGAGGGUUGCGGGAUCCAGUGCCAGAACCCUCUUUUCACCGAGAAGGAGCAUCGCGAAAUGCACGUUUACAUUGCUGCUUUCAGCUCGGUCACCAUUUUCUGCACCUUCUUUACCUUGGCCACCUUCGUAGCAGACUGGAAGAACUCCAACCGCUACCCGGCUGUCAUCCUCUUCUACGUCAACGCCUGCUUCUUCAUGGGCAGCAUCGGGUGGCUGGCUCAGUUCAUGGACGGGGCCCGCAGCGAGAUUGUGUGCCGUGCCGAUGGGACCAUGCGCUUGGGGGAGCCCACCUCCAACGAGACCCUCUCGUGCGUGAUCAUCUUCGUCAUCGUCUACUACUCCUUGAUGUCGGGCGUGAUCUGGUUCGUCAUGCUGACCUACGCCUGGCACACGUCCUUCAAGGCCCUGGGGACCACCUACCAGCCCCUGGUGGGCAAGACCUCUUACUUCCACCUCGUGACCUGGUCUAUUCCUUUUGUCCUCACUGUCGCCAUUUUGGCUGUCGCUCAGGUGGAUGGAGACUCGGUCAGUGGCAUCUGCUUCGUUGGGUACAAGAACUACCACUACCGAGCAGGUUUUGUGCUGGCCCCCAUCGGUCUGGUGUUGAUCGUGGGGGGCUAUUUCUUGAUCAGAGGUGUGAUGACCCUGUUCUCCAUCAAGAGCAAUCAUCCCGGCCUGCUGAGCGAGAAGGCAGCCAGCAAGAUCAACGAGACGAUGCUGCGGCUUGGAAUCUUUGGCUUCUUGGCCUUCGGCUUUGUGUUCAUCACCUUCGGCUGCCACUUCUACGACUUCUUCAACCAGGCGGAAUGGGAGCGCAGUUUCCGGGAAUACGUCCUCUGCGAGGCCAAUGUCACCAUUGCCACUCAAACCAACAAGCCGAUCCCGGACUGCGAGAUCAAGAACCGUCCCAGCCUCCUGGUGGAGAAGAUCAACCUUUUCGCCAUGUUUGGGACGGGUAUUUCCAUGAGCACCUGGGUGUGGACCAAAGCCACCCUCCUCAUCUGGAAGCGCACCUGGUGCAGGCUGACCGGCCAGAGCAACAACGAGCCCAAGAGAAUCAAAAAAAGCAAGAUGAUCGCCAAGGCGUUCUCCAAGCGGAAGGAGCUGCAGCAGAAUCCGCAUCAGGAGCUGUCCUUCAGCAUGCGCACCGUCUCGCACGAGGGGCCUGUGGCUGGUCUAGGUUUUGACAUCAAUGAGCCCUCAGCCGACGUUUCCUCAGCCUGGGCGCAGCACGUCACCAAGAUGGUGGCCCGCCGAGGGGCCAUCUUGCCCCAGGACGUCUCCGUCACUCCCGUUGCCACUCCUGUGCCCCCAGAGGAAAGGGCCAAUUUAUGGGUGGUAGAGGCUGAGAUCUCGCCCCAGCUGGAGAAGAAGCUGCACCACAAAAAGAAGAAGCGCCGGAAGAAGAAAGAGGUGUCUGCUGUGGGGCCCACUGGCGAACGUUAUGACACCCAUGAUGUGGGCCGCUUCGUCCCACCGGGCAUCAGCUCCGUCCCGCGCCUUCCUCAGCUCCCUAGGAACAAGUGUUUGGUAUCCAGUCCCAGAGAACCUCUGAACGAAAUGUUGUCGUCAGGAGCUUACCCGGAAUUGAGAUCCGGCACUCUGCCGUGGGAAGACCCGUUUUCCAGGGGAGCCCGAGAGCCUCUGGCCAGCUCCAGGCAAAGCAGCGCCCUGAAUUGCAUCCACCACCCCUUUUGCCCCGAUAACGGCCCCGCGGAUGAGGCAGGACGCAGGAAUGGAGCUCGGCUGUUCCCUGUGCCACAGCAGCAGCUCCAACGCAACAGCUAUUUCCAGCAGCCCCGCCCAAGCGCAGCCUCUGCCUCCUUGUUCUUUGGGAGCAGCCCUUACAGGUCACAGACCCAAGGGAGGGGACUGCCCCCCAUCCACUCCCGGACCAACCUCAUGGAUGCCGAGCUCUUGGAUGCUGAUUCAGAUUUCUAGGAUUUGGGAAGGGACAUCUGUGCAUGUACUUGAUCGUAGGGCAGCCAUGAGUUUUGUUGGGAGGGGCUAAACAGGGCUAAAAAGCUCCCUCCAAAGACUUGAUCUGGCGCUGAACUUCCAAGAAAGGAUUUUUUUUUUAGAGGGAGUGUUUGUUCUUUUGCUGCGCGCCGUGUCUCGAUAUUUGCUAACCAAUUCCUUUGUGGCUUUGCAUGCAGAAGGCUGCAGGUUCCAUUUGAACCCAAGAACUUGAGAACUCCUGCUGUUCGUUCCUCCUCUCGGGCAACUGGAUCCUGGUCAGUGCGGCCAGCCCAAAUGAGUCUGCAAGAAAAGUGGGAAGCCCACCCUUCGGCACUCUCUUUAGCCGUAGCAGGGGCUUGAAUUGUGCCAAAGUAUUUAUAGCUUUGAAAUACUGAAGGCAAGUGGGAGAGGACAGAGUCCCUGCAGGGGAACAAAAGCCAAGAGGGUAGAGCAUGGUUCACCUGCUCUGGCGAGAGAAUCUCUUCUUGGAUCCUCUGGUAUCCUGGUCGUAUAGAUGCCCUCAAAGGAUUCACAGAAAUCUAAAUUCAGCCCUUGCUCCAGAGGCGUUCUGGAAUCUGCCCCGUAAUGGUAAAGGAGUGACACCCUAUUGGGCCCUCCCAUUUUUGUGGGGUGUGUUCAGAUAGAGAAACUUCCCUUCUGGUGGCAAAGCUACAAGGGGUUAUGCCAAGACAGGAGCCUCAAGCUACACACACACACCCAGCUGAAAAGCCAGUUCGGUGUAGUGGUUAAGAACGGCAGGACUCUAAUCUGGAGAGCCGGGUUCGAUUCCCCACUCCUCCGCUUGAAGCCAGCUGGGUGGCCUUGGGUCAGCCACAGCUUCUCAGAGCUCUCUCUGCCCCACCCACCUCACAGGGUGAUUGUUGUGAGGAUAAUAAUAACACACUUUGUAAACUGCUCUGAGUAGGCGUUACGUUAUCCUGAAGGGCGGUAUAUAAAUCGAAUGUUAUUAUUAUUAUUAGUAUUAAGAACUAACCUCUGUCUUGAGCAGCCCUAGACAUAGCAGUGUAGCUGUGUAGUUUAAAAUUUCCCUUCUGCUAUUGCCCCUUGCAAAUUAGAUAUUGUACAGCAGGGCAUCUUAAGAGAGAAGUGUUUACUUUUUAAAAAACUUUUCCGUUGCUGUUGGAAGGAAAGAACAUUUCUUGGAUCAGAUGUGGGAGAACCGGGGUGGGUGGGAAUGUUUCAAACAGUUGGCUUUUAGGGACGUGAGCCAGCUUCCUGAAGUUCGGUGUAACCAGUUCCUUUAUGGGGACGGACCGUAAUUUAGCAACAGAUGGCUGGUUUGGCAUGCGGAGGGUUCCAAACUCACUGCCCAGGUGUCAGGACGGAGGAAGCUUGCCACCCAGGGCACCAGAGAGCCUCUGCCUAGAUAAAUUGCCCUGGAAUCAAGCUCAGUGGAAGGGAAAGUCGUGCAUUUUUUAAAACAAGGGAACUUUCCAUCUGCUGUUCAGUUGUUCUGAGAAUAUUUCCAGUGGAAACAGCCUCAGCAGAAGAGCUCAGAGCUGCUCUCUGGGUGUGCUCUGGGCCUCUGGAGGACCAUGUAUCCCAGCAUACUGUUCUCUGCCUUGAUCUUAGCUUAUUGGCAUUGCCUGCUGGGAACUGCAGUUUCAUUGGGAAUCGCCCCAGUUGCAGGCCCAGUUCCCCCUCCCAUGGCCGUACCCAGUAUAGAAAAAAGCAGAAUCUUAGUGGGCUAACAUGAAUGCCCCAUGAACAGAAGGUGCUUUAGGGGGGUGUUGAAAUAGUUCUGUUUUUUAUUCUUCUUUCUUUUGUAUUUUCUGUAUCCUCUCGAUGUAUAACAUGCACAGGAGAUUUUUUAAAAAAUAGAAUCGAAGCACAGACUCUGUUCUCCUAUAAGAAAUGACUUUUAACAGAGAAGAUACUGCUUGCCGCUGGCGAACACGCUCCGGUUCUGUCCCUUAUUUUAUAAAACCGCUCCCCCGGCUUCUUUGCUUUUCUUAGUCCCCAGAAGGGCCUCCUUUGCAGGCCUGAUGCAAAUGCGAGUCUGGCAAAGCAAUGGUACUCCUCGCUGGAGAGGGGGAGGCGACGACUUUGCACUCUUUGCACUCGUGCUGUGUGCAUUGUAGCCCCUUUUCAACCAGUCCCUUUAAGGAUGCAGAAUCCCCCUCCCCAAAGUGAGGGGGAGGAGAUUUUUGUCUUUAGAGCACUGUGUGAGAAUCAAUAUGUACUUUAUUGCUUCAGCACAGCCAUAGCAAAUAACCAAAAAAUUACAAUACUAUUAACACAAAUUACUACAUCCUAAAAUUUAAACCGAAGUUAACAAAACUCCAUCUAGAACUCUAAAUCCGAAGAUUAUUUAAGGAGCUAUGACCAUAUAGCUGCUAGAUGUCUAAUUAAGCAAAGAUUACUGGACAUAAGUGCUCAACAAGACCAGGGGGUGCUUGGUAUUAUGAGUUCAGCAACUUUAUAUAAACACCUUAUAUCUCAUCCUAUAGCCCGGCCAGCUUAUUUUGAUGACCGAAUGGUCACAGAAUAUAGGACGUCGUUUACUAGAGCUAGGAUGAAUAUACUUUAUUUGGCAGUACUGAAAGGCUGUUACAGCAAGACCCCACUUGUUGAUGCGUGAUCAUAAAUCCAUUGAAGAUAUGCCCCAUGUUAUGUUUCGAUGCCCGAGAUUUGCAACUAUUCGGGAGAAGUAUCUUAGAAAUAUUCUGCAACGGGUGCCGGGGAGGUCAGAGCAAGACAAAUUAGCAGUGCUGCCGGUAGAUAAGGAUAAAUGGAUUACAAUGCAAGUAGCAAAGUUUGUAACAUCGGUAAACAAAAUACAGUUAAGACUAUUGAAGUAAG